AUGCAACAAACAAAGACUCCCCAAAUGGGGCUGUCAAGUCAAAACAUGUCACUACUGAAACAACAAUAUCAACAACAUCAGCAAAACCAACAACAAAAGCAGCAGACACAGCAGACGCAAUCGACAAUGUCGCUAUUGAAGCAAAAGAUAAACCUCAAGAACUAUCACUUUGCAUCCACCACCGACGAGAUCUUGCGAAAAUAUGCCAAGUAUCCAGCGUCGUUAAAUUUACAUAUUUAUGAGAAUCAUUUCAGAUUCAACAACUCACAGGAUUCGCAGAUCAUACCCAAAAAUUCCAGUAUGAUCAAGACAUUUAUGAACCAUGUUUUGAAAGAGGAGAUACCAGUAGAAAUGAGUGAAUUACUCAAGGACUUUGCUAUCAAAUCAUAUGAUGGUUGUUUGAUAUUGCAAAUAUACGACCAUAGAAACAUGGUACCAACAUCGUCACUAGUAAAUAGAGGCAACUCUCCUAUCAAAGGCGGGAAUAAUAAUGGUAACAUGCCGGAGCCGGUUAUUGUAUCAAAACCGAAAACAUAUCGAACGUUGCUCAAACCAACGCCGUUAUCCAUAUACUAUGACCUUCUAUACCAUACGGAUUCAGCGCUUACAAAAUUCACAGACACGUUGUCUUUACAGAUGGAAUCAGAGAUUUUGACACUUACUAAUCGUGAGCUAGACUUAUCGGUUAAAAUCAACCCAUAUGAUUAUGAAUAUUUGAGACCGGAUUCUGAGCCAUGCAAAACAGAUGAUGGAAAUAAAAUUGACCGCGUGGGAAUACUAUAUAAUGAUUUUGCCCAAGAGGAACCUCUAUGGGAACAUCGUAAAGCAGUUGAUGUUCCUAUACGUAAGAUCCAUCAAGACGAAAUGGUUUUCCACAAGUCGUCCGAGUACGAGGAGCUCAUGCUUUUACUUUCAAAUAAAACCCGGCGCGCAGAAGAUUCACAGGAUAAAAAACUUGUUGUGGUGCCAUCCUCUGUGGCAGUGUCUACAAACACCACUUCAUUGAGUCAAGGAACUACAACAAAACCCUCGAGCAAAGAAGGCACAGCUGGAGCUGAAACUUUGAAAAACAGUAAGAAGGGUAAUGAGAGAGGUGGAUCGAAUGGUUCUAGUGGCCCCGGUGGCCCCGGUGGUCCCGGUGGUCCUGGUGGCUCCAAUGGCUCCAGUAACUCCAACGCUUCCAAUGCUUCAACCUCAACGGUGCCAACAAUACCUCUUGCGAUGUCCUCCAAUCCUGUGAGGACCACUGGACAAUUUAUGCGAUUGAGAAUGAUUGAAGAAAUCAGGAAAAAGCGAGAGUUGGAAAAAUCCCAACAAGAGGCCAAGCUUCAUGCUCAAACAAGUGCAGCUGGAGCAAAUGCAAUUCAAAACGAUAUUCCUGUACCCGGUAAUAUGAAUAAUCAGAAUCAUGGUAAUUUUCCCAUCGGUGUUCCUAACUCGUUUGAUAGGUCAGCACCACAAAGUGGCAAAGGCACUGCAUCUCCUGCAAUCAACAAUACUAGUAACAAUAGCAACAAUAACAAUAACAUGAACAUGAACAUGAACAUUAACAAUAACAAUAACAAUAAUAACAAUAAUAAUAAUAAUAAUAGCGCUUUCCAGCAGCCACCCCCAGCAAAACGAGCAAAGAAAGAUCCCAAGAAUAAACCAAAUAAUAAUGUUCAAGCAUCGCAACUGCUGUCUCCUCAAUUUGGCCAUGGUAUGAACAGUAAUAACAUUGGUGGCUCGCAGAUACCAUCCGUUGGAAACACACCGAUGAUCAACCAUCAAGGUGUGUCUAUUGUUGGUCAACAAAGUCAUAUAAGCCUGAAUACAAGUCAGAGUCAAAGUCAAGUUGUCACUCCGCAAAUCCCCAAUGGAUCUCCAAACUUCCCUUUGCAAGCACCACAACCACAACAGCCACCAGCAUUUUCCGGGCAACAUGCACCACAACCACAACCACCACUGCAACCACCACUGCAACCACCACUGCAACCACCACUGCAACCACCACUGCAACCACCAUUGCAACAGCAAACGCAGCAUCCGCAAUUGACUUUACAACAACAGCAGCAGCAACAACAACAUCAGCAUCAACAGAUUUUUCAAAACACGCUUUCGCCAGAGGAACAACAAGUGUACAAACAAAUCCAACAGAAGAUGAGCACAUUGGCGAUGAUGGGUCAAACUGGUGUGGCACCAAAUGGACAGCAAUUAACACCUCAGCAUAAGCAACAAGCUCUUCAACAAGUGAAAAUCUUGCAGCAACAAUUGUUGCAAAAAUUUCCGGUGUAUUUUCAGAGGUUGAAGCAAUUUCAAAUCUUUCAACAGAAGCAGAAAUUACAGCUACAACAACAACAGCAGCAGCAACAACAACAGCAACAGCAACAACAACAGCAGCAGCAACAACAACAGCAGCAGCAACAACAACAGCAGCAGCAACAACAAGCUAUGACGGGUCAGAAUAAUCAAAGCAGCAAUACUCCACAAUUACAACAGGCCGGAGCUCCAGAACAGAAAAAGAAACGCGUUUAUAAACGAAAGAAUACUCAAACUUAA